AUGGCGAGAGCAGUCAAUUCUCAAGGAAAGAAAGGAUUUCUAUCCUUUUUUCAACAGUUCCAAUCCGCUCAACCUAAACCGGCUAUCGACAAGAAAACAGUUGAGAAAGCAUGGAAGUUGAUGGACAAAGUAGUCAAUUUGUGUGCCAAUCGACGAAUGAACCUCAAAAACUCACCUCCUUUCAUACUUGAUAUCCUACCAGAAACCUAUCAGCAUUUACGCAAGAUUUUCAAGAAUUAUGAAAGCAAUUUGGAAUUUUUGAAUGAAAAUGAAUACUUUAAAAUCUUUAUGGAGAACCUCAUGAACAAAUGCAAACAAACAGUGCAGCUGUUUAAAGAAGCCAAGGAGAGAAUUUAUGAUGAGACCUCAACACAUCGUCGAGCCCUUACGAAACUAAGUCUCAUUUUCAGUCAUAUGUUAGCUGAAUUAAAGGGUGUGUUUCCUGAAGGGAUCUAUGGUGGAACAACCUAUCGUGUGACCAAAUCAGAUGCUGCUGAAUUUUGGAUAACUUCAUUUGGAACGAGAGCUAUUGUCCCAUGGAGAUUAUUUCGUGCUACAUUACAUCAAGUUCAUCCGAUACACUCUCCAUUGGAGGCUGUUGCUUUAAAGUCCACAAUUGAUCUUACUGUAAAUGAUCAUAUAUCAGUCUUUGAGUUUGAUAUCUUCUCAAGACUUUUUCAACCAUGGACGUCUCUCCUUAAGAACUGGAAUGCACUAGCAGUCACUCACCCCGGCUACCAGGCUUUUCUCACAUACGAUGAAGUCAAGGCUAAAUUAGAACCUUUUCUAGACAAAUCUGGAAGUUAUAUAUUUCGUUUAAGUUGUACUCGACUGGGACAGUGGGCUAUUGGCUAUGUAACGACAGAGAGAAAUAUUUUACAGACAAUUCCACAAAAUAAAUCACUUUGUCAAGCUUUGGUAGAUGGAGCUAGAGAGCGAUUUUACCUGUAUCCUAAUGGUGAGGAUUACAAUCCUGACUUACAUGAAAUCCUUUCACCAACACCUGAUAAACAUAUACAGGUUAGUCAGGAGCAAUAUGAAAUAUAUUGUGAAAUGGGUUCAACAUUUCAAAUGUGCAAAAUAUGUGCCGAAAAUGACAAAGAUGUCAAACUAGAACCUUGUGGUCAUCUCAUAUGUCACGCUUGUCUUCAAAGUUGGUUAGAAUCUGGACGAUCUGAUUGUCCAUUCUGUCGGGAAGACAUCAAAGACUCUGAGGCUGUAGUAGUUGAUCCUUUUAGUUCAAAUCGUCAUAGUAAACCUGAUGUCCAUAUACCUAAAGAAGAACCUUCUUACUCUAUGGCUACAGGUAUUAUUAAUGGAUUGACAACUGAUCAGGCUCCGCCUAAAACAGAAGAAGAAGAGUUUGAAGUGAUAGUCCCCUACGAUUUUCCUACAGCUCUACAAAAUCAUCCUAAACCUGGUCAUAGAAGGCAACCAUCAGACACUCCUAAAGAAGACACUACAGAACGUCUAACUAACAUGUCGAUGAGCCUCCUAUGGAACUAUUGA